GACGUCAUGUCACUAGACUAUGGAACUGAUCCCUGAUUGAAGCGUCGAUUCAAAUAUUUCUUUCAUCAUCAAAAAACUGUAACUUGCCUGUUCAAAAGGAGACCUCAACUAAAAGUCGCAAGCCUUACCAAGCCUAAUAGCAGCUGACUAGACCAAAAUGGUUGUGGUGAAGAACGCUUUCGGCCCUGUCGACUAUGUUGUCUUUGCCGCCAUGUUGAUCAUAUCAAUGGCUAUAGGAGUUUGGUUCGCUCUCAGGGGAGGCAAACAGAGAACACAAGGGGAAUACCUGAUGGGCAACAGGAAGAUGGCCAUCGUCCCAGUAGCCAUCUCUAUGCUGGUUUCCUUCUUCUCCGCCAUCUUAGUUCUUGGUACACCAGCCGAGAUGUACACACAGGGCACCGAGUACUACCUGACGACACUGGGGAUGAUGUUUGGUGUUGUGCUGGCGGCCUUGACCUUCGUGCCGUUGUUGUUUCCGCUAAAGCUGACCAGCGCAUUUGAGUAUCUUGAGAAAAGAUUCCAGUCAAGAAGUACUCGCUUGGUGGGGACACUGCUGAGUGUGUUGACGCAGAUUAUCUACAUGGGUCUGGCUUCAUUUGCUCCCUCUACAGCGCUAGAAGCAGUGACAGGCUUUCCAGUGUGGGGGACAAUAUUAAGUACAGGUGCUGUGGCUACUCUAUACACCACGAUAGGUGGGAUGAAGGCGGUAAUCUGGACGGAUGUCUUCCAGUCUAUUAUAAUGAUCGCUGGUAUAUUAGCUAUUGUUAUUCAGGGUACUCUAAAAGUUGGUGGUAUGUCACGUGUGUGGGAGAUCAAUGAGGAGUGGGGCAGGAUCAAAUUCUUCAAUUUUGACCCGAACCCCAUGACACGUCACACAGUCUGGAACCUGGUGAUUGGCACCGCUCUGGCCUGGAUGGGGACGUUUGGGGUCAACCAGGCCAGUGUCCAGCGCUACAACAGUCUGGCCACACUCAGACGAGCCAAGAUGUCAGUUCUGCUCAACAUUCUGGGCGUGUUCAUCAUGCUGACCUUGACCUGCCUCUCCGGUAUUGUCGUGUUCGCUUACUACGCCAAUCAGAAAUGUAAUCCUCUGGGCCAGAAGUUGAUCCGUAACUCGAAUCAGCUAGUUCCCUACUUUGUGAUGGAGACUUUGGGAUACCCCGGAGUUCCUGGACUAUUUAUAUCGUGUUUGUUCUCUGGAGCUUUAAGCUCCGUGUCGUCCUCACUGAAUGCACUAGGAGCCAUCACUUGGGAAGAUGUGCUGAAGCCCAGAUACGAUCACAGGUUGACGGAGUAUCAGAAGACUCUGGUCACAAAAAUCACGGUUGUUAUCUAUGGAUGUCUUGCUGUGGGUGUCAGCUUUCUAGCGCAACAGUUGGAGGGGACAGUUUUACAGGCAGCCUCCGCUCUCAUUGGCUCUGUUGCUGGGCCGCUGUGUGGAAUGUUUGUACUAGGAGCCUUAUUUCCUUGGGCCAACAGUUACGGCGCCAUAUCAGGAGCUCUAGUUGCUGUAGCACUGAGUCUCUGGUUAUCUAUUGGCUCCUAUGUCUACGGCAUACGUCUACCUCCAAAGUCAUUUCCUAACGGGACGUGUGCGGCAUAUUUCAAUGUGUCGACAAAGACACUGGUCACCCGCAUGACACCUGCCACAACCUUGACCUCUACGAUGAGUUUAGUAUCUACAGCACACUACACUCCAGUUGCCGAGAGAGAGGGCGUUGAUAUUUUCUACGGGAUAUCUUACAUGUGGUUUUCUACGAUUGGAUUGCUGUGUGUGAUAGUGGUAGGACUGAUCGUGAGUUUUAUUACAGGAGCCAAUUCAACAAAUGACGUCCCAACCAAAUAUCAGAUCCCUGUCUUCACACGUCUGUGUUGUUGUUUGCCCAACUCCUGGCUUCAUUUUCUCAACUGUUACAGACACUUCCAGAGACCUCAGGACAUGGUAUCAGAAGAGAAAGAAAUUAUCAUCACAGCUCCACCAAUCAAAGAACGUGUUACAAAUGUUGGUUUUCUUUCUGAUGACCAGAGAAUGGCCCAUGAUGUCAAGCACGUAUCUGCUGUUGGUGUGGACCCAGAGCUAAUGCAGAUGGCAGCUGUGUAUCAUCCUCGUUCAGAUAAUAACCAUGGAAUUUCUAACGGUACUUACGUGAAUACAGAACGUAUUUCUACACACCCAAUAGACAAAGAAGGCAUAAAGACUCACGUCGUCUUAGUCAAAAUCUAAAAAACAAAAUAAUUUUGUUGUUGUAAUUAUGUGUUAUGUUUUAUAAACAAGCUUUAGUAGUAUCAUUGAAACAUAAUAAAUCGUGAUGAAAAUGUAUGUUUUUGAAUUUCUCAUAUUGUUUUGAAAUUCGGCUUAAAAUCUGAAAUUCCUCAAUGAUAGAAGGUAACCCUUCAUCUAACAUCUGCCUGUCACGUUAGACUACACGACACAUUUUCUCCAGAAUUAUUUUUACAAGUGUUAUUGGAUGCCUCAUAACAUUUUAGCAAAACUUUUACAUCACUGAAAUACCGACAAAGCAUUUUUGACAAGCCAACUGAUCAAAAUACUACAUACACCAAAGAAAUCGAAAUCUUCUACGUUCAACCUUGCUCCACCUACACACAUUAUUCUUUAAAGUCUAAAAUAU